UGGGUGUGGGGGGGGGGGGAGCUUUGAUUUGAUUUGAUUUGAUUUUCAUUGCCGCACACGUGGAUGGAUGUCGGCUUCUUUUCCUUUUUGCCAAACAGCGAUGGGUUGAUUUCGUCGCGACAGCAACCAACAAAAGAAAAGGACGAGAGACAACGAUGUCGGUUUAUCCCCCGAGCGUGAGGGUGUGCUGGCUGCUGGCCACUUGCUGUGGCACAGCUCUGCUGUGUUUGCAUCGAGCCCUGAAGAGCCAGGCUGGUCAAGUGGAAGGAACCCUGGACAUUGACCUGGACGGGCAGGGGCAGGGUCAGGGUCAGAGUCACAGCCACAGCCAAGCCAGUGCCUUGCCUCUCUUCAGCCUGUCGGCCGCUUUCUUGGUCUGUUACUCUUUCAUCAAGUGCCGCACCUCCAUCACCACCUCCUCCUCCUCCUCCAUCACCGCCAGACUCCAGGCGAGUCCGACGGGGAAGCCACGAGCCCAGGUACCGGCUGGCGACUGCCCGUGCCCUGACCUCGGCCCGGACGGGAGGAGGAGCGCCUUGGAGACUUACUACGACCAGCAGAUGAAAGUGUCUCCUCACGUCCUGGGGCACAGCAAGGCUCACGUCACCCAGAUCGUCGGCCAGCUGGUCAGGGUGGGCAAACGCGAAGCCCAGGAGGACUCGACUCUGACCUUCCGGGACUUCGUGCAGAUCGGCAGCGCUUACGAGCAGCACAAAAUCCACAGCCCCCACAACGGCUUCGACCUGCUCGUCCCCAUCAGAGUGCCCCAGGUCUGGUGCCCUCAACCCGCGUUUGAGUUGGAGUCCAACGUGGGGGACACACAAGAGCUCCCCCAGCACUUGUGUGGAGCCGCUGUUUGUCAGCUCAAGCCCUUUCUUCUUCCUUCUUCUCCUCCUCCUUCUUCUUCUUCUCCUCCUUCCCCCUCUUCUCCCCCCGGCGGCUUCAAGAAGCCUGAGGGUUGGGGCAAGCGUUGCAAAAGUUUCAGCCACACUUUCUGUGCCCCUCGGCCUGACAAGGCGCUCUGCCUGGCCCUCUCCUCCUCCCUGGUGCUCAAGUGGUUCCACGCCAAGAUGCAAAGGUGCCUGAGCGUCAUCAGGUAUCGCUGUCAGGAACGAUGCUCCAUGACACUGUCUGUGGAGGACGACAGCCUCACCCUCAAACUCCUGCCCAAGUCCGACUACGUUUGCUGUCACAUCGCCAUGUCCGUCCGGCUGAUCCCGGCUGUGCACGUGGGCGAUUCGGUCUUCCUGGUGGCUCAGCCCUGGACCAGGACCCGGAGCCCAGAGCCACCCGGGUCCACUCCCGCCCAUGCAAAGCCAGAAGCUCUCUGGCGCGUCUAUUUGCCCAAACACGAGCAGAAGCUCCUGAACUGGCUCAAAGAGCAAACUCCCGCCAACUCGUGCCACCUGAAGUGCCUCCAGGUCCUGAAAGCACUGCGGGACGUGGGCUGCAAGGACCUGGGGAAGAAAGUCUCCGCCAAGUGGAGCACGGUGCUCUCCUCUCACAACCUGAAAACGGCUAUGUUCUAUUUGGUGCUGAAGGGCCCGUUGGAGGCUUGGGACGAGAGGUUCCUGAUGGAAAGGUUAGAGGACAUGGUCAGGUUCUGGAGGGAACGUUUGAGGCAGCAGCGACUGAUGCACUUUUUCCUGGGGAAUAAAAAGGUGCCGGAUUUUUUGACAGUGCCCAGGCAGAUCAAGGAAGCCUUGCCAGUCAACUUGUUGGCUGGAUUCGAUGCUGCUCUGCUGGAUCUGGUUUCGGUUCAACUUUUGGAGACGUGGAACUGUUCACAUUUAAAGAUGAAGUUAACUCAUCAUAAACACUUGCCAAGGAAUCACUAAUAACAACGACGAAAAAAAGCCUCAAUCGGAUCGUUGUGCUCAUGCUGAUAUAACACAUUUUGUCUCUUCUGCUGCUCCUAAUUUACUGCUUGUCAGUUUCGAUGGUACAACUGGAUUAUAAUCGGCCCAUUAACCACUUCUGGGCCAGUCCAGACAAUUCUUGAAAGCGUAUCCUACUGUACUGCUCUCCUCGGUUCAGAAAAAGGUAAUAAUAAUAUUCUAGAGGAAGAUAUGUACUUGAUUUGUUUUAAAAUUAAAAUCUGUGUGUUUUUUCUCCCUACCCAAAGCGCUUCAAUCCGUAUAUUUUAAUGAAUUAACCGACUUUCAACCCAGACGCAAAAUUAAAACACUUUGAGGCGCAAAGGUGACAUGGCUGCAGUGAAUAUCUUUAGUCCUUGUUUGCCUAUGUUACAUGGCGGGAGGGGAGUUGGGUUUUAAGAUUGACCUCAUCUUUGGUGGCUAUUUAGUUGGCUGUAGAUCAAUCCUAGACAGACAGAGUUCAUCACAGAUCUGACAGACGAGAGAUGACCCAGUUGAUGGUGUGGUCUCAGCAAACUGAUGCUCCUUCCUCUGUUUACGUUUCUCUUCGUCCUUGACAAUCCUGGCGGGGUCAAAAUCAUUAACUCUUCACCGACAUAUAGAUGACCACAGUUUGUGGUCUGUGGAGAUUUCCUCCCAUGUAUUGCUGUCAAUCCCACAUCUCGUCCGAUUGGAUUUGAAAGAAUCUUUAUAUUUCUUUUUCUGAAUGUAGUACUUGUACAUUUUUUUUGUUGGGGGGAGAAGGGGUGGUGGGGAGGGGGAACACAAUCGGUAAUUCACCGCAUUAGUUCUAAAAUCUUUGAUAACAAAGCGAUUGCAUUGAAAAAAACAUGUAUUUCAGCCAGUUUUACUUUAAAGUUUCCAUUUCUGUGACGUCUCUGUUUUUCUCCUCUCCAAGAUAUAGUCAAAAAGGUAAUGAACGUAAAUCAAAAGGUGGAUCAGCGAUGCAAACUGACCUGUUCCACAUAAUAAUAUAAUAAUAAUAAUCCUUACAUUUGAUAUAGCGCUUUUCA